UUUAGGCAAUCCCAUGUUUCCGUUCCCUGUGGCCCAAGUGACACGGUUUUCAUCUAGUCAGUGUAUUUUUUGUAAUAUCAUAACCCUGAUGAAGACAUUACUUGAGUGUAUUACGCUCGUGUGCAUUCUGUGUGGCGUGCAAUACACAAGGGCUGAGACCGUCAAAUCUAGCGACGAUGGCUGGCCAGUGAGAGAGUUCCGAGCUGUGUGGGUGGCCACAGUGGCGGAUAUCGACUGGCCCCUGUCCAGCCAUCACUCCACCUCCCAGCAGAAGGCGGAGCUGGUCCUCCUCCUGGACAAGCUGCAGCAGCUCAACUUCAACGCCAUCGUGUUCCAGAUCCGCUCAGUGGGUGACGCCAUGUACAACUCCACACUGGAGCCGUGGAGCGCGUAUUUGACAGGCUCCCAAGGCAGGGCUCCUUCUCCCUUCUACGACCCCUUGACCUUUGUGGUGGAGGAGGCCCACAGACGUAACAUGGAGGUCCACACCUGGUACAACCCGUACCGAGCACGGGCUGGGAGUACAUCCAGGGCCGGACUUGCCCACAACCACAUGGCUGUCAAAUACUCACAAUACGCCCAUGCCUAUGGGAAGGAUCUAUGGAUGGACCCAGGUGCCAAGGUAGUUCAGGAUCAGUGUUACAAUGUCAUCAUGGAUGUCGUAAAGCGUUACGACAUUGACGGUGUCCAUAUGGACGACUACUUCUACCCCUACCCCGUUUCAGGUCAAAGCUUCCCCGAUGACGCCACCUACAACGCCUAUCGACACGGAGGCGGCCAUCUUGGACGGGAUGACUGGAGACGGGACAACGUCAACUCGCUUAUCCAGCGUCUGUAUAAUGGAAUCAAGGCAACCAAGAAGCAUGUUAAAUUUGGUCUCAGUCCAUUUGGAAUAUGGAAAUCAGGGAUUCCUCAUGGCAUAGUUGGGCUGUCGGCUUACUCUGCGCAGUACGCAGACAGUAGGAAAUGGUUUGAUGAGGGUUGGGUUGAUUAUUUUACUCCUCAGCUGUACUGGCGGAUUGAUCCGGCGCAACAGAGUUUCACGCACCUGCUGGACUGGUGGCUGCAGCAAAACUCCAAACAUCGCCAUUUCUAUGCAGGGAGCUAUGCAGGCAAUGUGGUACAUCAAAACUGGCCUCUUGAUGAAAUUAAACGUCAGGUUGAGGAAUCAAGGAAGCGACGUGACAAGCUAAGCCUUGGUGACGUGUUCUUCAGCGCCAAGUACUUCCGGGACAACAGCAAGGGUUUGUCCACCUUGUUCCAGAAAGACCUCUACACUGUUCCAGCUCUCGCGCCUGCUAUGCCAUGGCUUGGCGUCACUCCACCCCCAGCGCCCUCUGGAGUCAAGGUUUCUGGCAGCACCUUGACGUGGAACAAGGACUGUUCCGGGGUGACGAGGAGCUGGGCUGUCUACAAGGACGAGGCAGACGCAUGGGAGUUGAAGAAGAUCCUAAACAAGGAUACAACCAGUUGGUCAGUGCCCAGUGGCCGCUACGCCAUUACAGCUGUGGACAGACUGUCCAAUCAGAGUGACGGGGUGGUCGUGGAGGUGCGAGGGAGAGGCAGUAUCAUUGGCUGAAAAUGUUGAACCUAGCAAAUACAUUGUUUGUAAAUGUAAUCGAUAACUAAUAAUAAUCAUCAUCGGGGUUAUAAUCCUAAUGACAAUAUGCUUGUGUAUAAUUUAAGUCAAGUAGUUUGUUGUUUAACGCUGCACUCAGCAAUAAUCCAGCUAGAUGAUGGCGGUCUGUACAUAUUCGAAACUAGCACUAGCACAGUGAUUGACAUUAUGAGCAUCGAUCUGGGCAGUUGGGAUACGAUGACAUGCAUCAACCAAGUCAGCGAGCCCGACCACCCCCAUCCCGUUAGUCGCCUCUUACUACUAGAAUGGGUUGCUGAAGAUCAGUUCUAAACAGGAUCUUCACAGGUAAUGAAAUGGGGACAUAUACAUACCUCACUAGUCUGUCAUACAGACCCUGAAACAAGUACAUCCAAUACAGCCCUGAGUCUAGAUUACCACAGUAUCAGGAAAUGAAGAGAAUCUCUGGGCUCAUUUUUAUUAUAUUUAUCUGUAAAAUAUGUUCAUUUCAGAGACUAAAUGUUAGUCUAAAGUCAAAUGAGCUCUACUCCUUGUGUGAUUUUUGUGCGAACCCAACCGUUACCUGAAACAAAAGCAAUGUGUAGAUGCCGCAAGACUCCAGCAUAUGUUGCACGGGAAAUAUUACCGUAGUGGGAUUUAACCUGAGCGCUUAUUGGUCAGAGCAAACGCUGGUGUACCUAAAGCUGGAUGACGGGCGUGGCUUGAUUCGUACAUAAAGCUGACAUUCUGUGACGUAACUGGAAUACUGUUCAGAGCGGUGUUAACCCAACUCACUCACUCACCGUGAUCAAGUAUAGACAUGUCAUGAGGAGAUAAAUAACGGUUCGCAACCUGGCGUCCAUAGGAAUAAUUCACAUCUGGGUAGUUGUUGCAUCAGCGUGCUAGGAAGAUAACGGUAUAGUGAAUGAGUGAGUAAGGUUUUAUGCCGCUUUAAGCAAUGUUCCAGUUGUUUAACAAUUGGGGACACGACACGUGUUUCAUACAUUCACUGGUGUUUAUUACGAAUCGUCAUGAAUGAGUGGAACGCUGGUCCUCGGGGCAACGAGCAAACGCUUUAGUGGCUGUCCUAACGUUCUUUCUGAGCUAGUUUUUGUUCAAGAAGCACAUUUUUAGACAGUUAUGGUAACAUUUCUAUGAUUGUUAUCGGAAAUGUUCAUUCGAAUGACAAGAAACAUAUGUUUUAUUUCCUUCACGAGCAGAGUUUGGACUUAUAGCACGAUCACUGACAGAAAAGUGAAAAUGGAGAUUUUACAAAUUUAGAGAAAAUGUAAUUGGGAGCAAGUAUAAUCGCACUUUAUUAAGCUACAUCUCCUGAGAAAGUGGGAGGAAAAGCCAAAUAAACGCAGGUUUCCUUCGUUUACUACGUUUGUGAAACCCACGCGCACAGGUAUAGUGCUGACUGACCGAGGAAAGAACGAGUCUGUGAUAUGCGGAUCCUGGAACGGUUAAGGGGUGCAACCAAUCUCAGUGAUGAUAACCACUUAGACACGUAAAAUGGCCCUAAGUCAUAACGCUGUCAUUAUUUUUCAUCGUUUGUUUGUGUUUCUUGUAAUUUGCUUUUUUGAUGUUUAUAUUUAUUAGCGGUUUUCUGUUGUUGUUUCCGAAAAAUUAUAACCAUUAAUAUUGUAUUAUUAUGUCAUGUAUUGUUUUUCUCGAUUGGGAAUAAUAUACUGAUACAAGAUAUAAAUUAACUCAAUUGCGUAGAUCGAUGCUCAUGAUAUCACUGGAUUGUCCGGUCCAGACUUGAUUAUUGCUGAGUGCAGCGUUAAACAACAAACAAACAAAUUAAAUUAACCAAGAAGAUGCGGAUGUGUUACCAUGGCUCACUUGGGGCUUCAUACACACAUAUGUGCAACCAACCGUACAAACAAGGGCAUGUUACUCGUCUUGUCAUAAGAAGCGUGGUUCUACCCUCUGAUUAUUUUAAUGCCCUUCAAUAUAGACAACAGCACAUGUGGUUUGGCUUAGGACCAAGAGCCCAUGACCAGACCCCUGCAGUGUGCUUCAUCACGGGAGCUUGUGGUUACAUUUAGUUCUCGAAAACAUUGUAUUGGUAGUGGAAUAAAUAUAACAAUGAAUAAGAUUCUACUCCUGCUAUAUUAUUGAUAAUACCAGGUUGCAUACUCAACUGAAUAAAGCCAUCAAUAUGCAUACUCAUAUUGCUGUUUAUUAUAAGAUAGUAUUAGCUAAAAUAUUUUUCGAUAAAUGGCUUCCUCCAUUGUCGCAGUUUUGUUAAUAAUUGCAUCACUGAAAUGUUCAGAUAUCGCAGCGCUCGCUAAACUGUUUAAUAAUUUCUGAAUUGGUGUCAAGAAACCUAUUUGCGUUUGAAUGUUUAGGGAACAAAGAAACGAUUAUGAGAUAAAUGAAAUAAGCCUGAUCACAAUCUAACAUUGAAUGUUAAUACAGAUUACAUUUACAAAAGGCACAGCAACGAUUGUAUUUAUUGCGUCAUCUGAGCCAUUCUAAAACCAGUCUAUAAGACCUUCAUACAAAGUAUCAUAACCAUUAAUGUCCACUGCUGUCGUUUUUAACAUUACAAACAAUGUUAAUUUAGCCGGGAAAUGUUGAUAAUCUUCAAAUUUAUAUAUACACGAUUAUGUGUACCUGCACUAUCCUUUAUUGAUAUGAAAACAUGACUUGGUCCAUUAGAGUUACACCUGUCCUACUCUAAUUUCUAUGACAACAAUAUUUGUACUGUUAUCCUCGUUACGACAUAGGGGACAAUGAAAGCACUGAAAUGUUGUUUAUGUUUGGUAUCAUUUGGAUUGAAAGAAUAAGCUCUACAAGCGUGUGGAAUCUCAUUGGUGUGUGUCAUCAGUUCGCCAAAUGUUACACAUGGAACUUCGCCCUCGAAUUGUCACAAACUACAGUGCUCCAUGAAGGACAGACUGUUUCUUUCAACAAAUCUGUCAGCAAUCGUGUCACAGUUGGAAUCUACCCCGUAGAGAGACUCAUUUGGAAGCGCAAGUCUCCCCAGGUAUGUUGAUAUAUUAACUUAUUGAUUUUAAUAUGUAUUAUUGGUCCGGCCAGGCCCGUGUGCGAAAUACGCUGCAGUCGGAAAGCGCACGUUAAAUCUAUAUCAGUCAGUCAGUCAGUCAAUAUGUAUUUUAUAGUCUAUACUUUCGACAAAUAGUUUAAGUUGUCUGGUUGACAAAACAUGUCACAUCUCCGAAAACAAACCAUUCAAAAUAGGAAAUUGACAAUCCGCAAUGCAGGAUCGGUUAUUUUAUGCAUUAUAACAACUGGAACUUUUGCGAAAUGUACCAAAAACCUAAAUUAUUGCGUAAAAAGUCUAUGAAACUAAAAUAAAAAAUUAUCAAGAUAAGAAGUUCUCUGUUUAUGAUAUCAACCAAAAUUUGUCAAGAUUUCUGUCCGACUUGCGAUAAAUUGUACUUGCGUUUUGAAAAUCUUCUUGAUAAUUCCCAUAGUUAUGCUCAUAUCAGAAAUAUUCAGACAAAGAAAAAAUAUUAAGAGCUAUAUUUAUAGAUACUGCUUUAUGUGUUCAUGUAAGAUAUUUAUUAAUUAUUAUGGUUAACGGUUAUCCAUACGUGGUGUUUCAAUUAAUUGUUUUCGUAAAUAUUAUGGGGGCACGGGUGUCUCAGUUGUGUGGGUCUCCGCAAUUAGCUGUGUCGACUUGCGUCACUUGGGCACACCAGAAACAUACAAUUGUGAGUUCGAGUGCCGGUUCUCGCCGAGUAUGUUUCUAGCUGGCCAGGCAUCACUUCGGGCUUUCCUCCCACUUUUAGCUGACACGCCGUGAUAUAACUGACAUACUUUCAAAACGGCGUAAACCCUACUCACUCACUUACCAACAUUAUUUUGGAUAUAUAUGACUCAAUAAGAUGAAUAUUUUGUAUUGAACAUUAACUAAUAACUGGAUUGAAAUCAACUCAAAAACCCAACAAGCCCAAAGGGCUAGUAUAAAAAUGAAAUGUAUUUAUCUGAUUAUAUUUAAUGACUACUCACUUCAUUGUAUUUAUAUCCUCAUGUUCUAAGAGAGGGACCAUCAGACAUGGAGAUUAUUAAAAUUAUGACAUACAAUGUGUUUCCAUUCAACUUAUCCCGCGUGUUACCUGAGUGUAUGGGACAGCAAGGGUCUACAGUGGACCAGCCUUUCAGGGGACAACAAGAAAAAAGUUCUCAAUCAACUGCCUGACAAACUUCACGGUCGACUGACUCCAGACACGGAGACAGACUUAAUCAACGUUUGGACAGGGUUCAGGGACAUUUUCAAGUUCGUAGUUGGCGGGGAAAGUAGUGACGCACGACAGUUGCACGACAUGGCUAGGGAGUGGAUACAGUUACUUCUUAGAGUAGGGGAGAAAAGGAGGGGCUGCUUGAAAAAGAACAUCACUCCCUACAUGCACUGCUUAGUGUACCAUGUUCCCGUUUUCAUGUCGAGGCACGGGAAUAUUGGCAAAUUUAGUGGACAGGCCCUUGACAAAAUAAAUGACGAUAUCAAAAGGAUUCACCAGCAGAAAACACAAAAGUGGGACGGUCCCAUUGAGACUAUGACUGUCAGAAAGCGUGUCGAAAGUCAGUCACACUUGGCUAGGACAAAACGACCUUACACAAAACGUAAGCUUGAGUACUGGGAAUCUGAGCUACAAGAGGCCAGAAGCGCAAAGAGGGCCAAUAUACAAAAUGACAUCAGCAGCGUUGCUCCCAGUACUCAGUCACAUUUAGAUGACAUGUGUGUGGCUGACUUGCGAGACAAACUUGUCUCACUUGGAGUACACACUAAAGUGUCUUCCAGGGAGAAACUAAUUGACCUGAUCCAUUCAGCAAUGCAUAUUUAAUCUGCCCGUCAGGAAACUGACAAAUGUAUAAUCAUAACUAAUGAUAUCUAACCAACAUUUGUUUUCAAGUUCAAAGAUGUGUGAAAAACUUGUCCAGACUAAAAUGUAUUGUGUAUAAUGCAAUGACCUGUGAUAAUGAUUUGUGAUUGUUUAAAUAAUGUGGUAAAUAAACUUCUUGGAAUACUA